AUGGAUUAUAAGCUGUGUGAACAGUUUGAUACAUUGAGAAACUAUUUACCCGAUGAAUUAGAAAAACAUAAAUUAGUCGAUUUUAAUAAAAAUGAGAAUAUUAAGUAUUACUGCCCUAAUGGAGAAUCAGGGAAAACAGAAUGUAAGACAGAUUUCGAUCAAAUUAAGGCUGGAUGUUUAUGGUUGUUUGAGCAAUUGUUUGUGAAAAAUAACAAAAAUAUCAGUACAGUUGAGUACAUUAUCAUAUGGUUAAGUUAUAAACUAAAUCAAAAGACGUAUGACGAAGCCAAGGAUCUAAAUGGUUUUUACAAAAAAUAUAUAGAAAAUAAUACGCAUUAUACUAGUUGUAAGCAAGAUGGUUUAGAUUGUAGUAACCAAUUACAAACUAAUACGGGAUAUACUAAUUAUAAGGAAAUCAUAAAUAAAAGAAAGAGUUUGUUGAAUAUUAAUAUUGGAAAUAUGUCUAAAUUUUAUGAUGCAUUUAAAUUAUUAUGUAACAUGUACACUGAACUUAAUGAAAAAAACACAAUAUCUAAGGAAUCUUUAGAUAAUGCUAAAAAUUUUGUUGCAAAAUAUAAUGAACUUAAUAACGAUUUUGAUAAGACUAAAGAUGACGCCUAUUAUCAAGUAUUUUCUACAUUAUCAAUUGAUUAUAAUAAUUUUAAAAGUUCUUGUGCUGAUAGCGAUGAUUGUAACAAUAUUCCAUCCCUUACAUCGACAGAAACAGCAGAAAUUGGUAUGCAAAGUUCUGAAGAGAGUUGCUAUGUUACAUUAUCAACUUUGUCGAUAGUAAAAAAAUUAAUUCUAGCUUUAUUAAUAUUCAGUGCAAUAACAAUCUUUUUGGGAAUUUUUUUUAAGUGUUCGUUAUUUGUAUUGCGGAAAAGAGCUCAAAAAGAAUAUUUAAGAGAAAAGCUAAAAAAUAUAAAGAAGAGAAUGAAUCAUUAA